AUGCUUCUCGAAUGUUUGCUGCAGCAUUGCAAGUGUUUUGAUAGUGUGCCUUUGGCGAAUAAUUUGACAUGGAAUUUGAAGGGCCGCAAACCGCGGCGAUCUACUGCAAGGUCUCGUCGUUCGCACAAGUUAUACAACACCAAAGAUCGCAUUGAUGAGAGUGGAUGUAAAAAAUAA